AUGUCUCGAGUACUCACGAAGUCAUUUAAGACUGCUUGUUCUGAAAAUGACUCUACAAUGUUACCCUCGUUCAUUGGCGAAGUUACUGAAUUCCAAGAAAACAGAGUGUUCCUAGCUCUUGAUAUCGGCGGCUCGACAAUGCGUGCUGCUUUGGUACAUGUGUAUAGAAUCCGGCAUGGGAAACAGCCACCUCCGAGUGUUAUGGGCCUUCACAGCUGGGAUAUCGACGCAGGGGUGAGGACGCUCAGUGGCAUGGCUUUUCUUCGGUGGAUUGCAGCAAGAGUGCAAUUAAUUUUAUCCACCGUCGAUGCUGAGAAAUUCUGGCGGACUGGUAGUCCUAUUCCGAUGGGCCUUACCUGGUCAUUUCCAUUUCGGCAAAUAUCCGUAGAUGAUGGCUAUGUAUUGAAAACGGGCAAAGGGUUUCAAUGCGUGGAUGAUUUGGUUGGCCACAAACUUAACGGUCUGUUUCAAGAUGCUUUGAAGGCAGAGAUAUCAAUAAUCUUAGGUACCGGGUUUAAUGCGGCUAUUCGUCUGCCUGUUGGUGUCCUUAGUGAGCUGCAUCUAAAAAAUCAUCCCGAUACAUGGAAAAAGACGAAAGAUCACCUCAUCGUCAAUACCGAAUUGAGUCUAUUUGGACAGAGCAUAGUCCAAAACUCGGAAUGGGACAAAACCCUACAAGCUCAAAUACGUUCGGCUUGCCAUCAACCAUUGGAAUACAUUUGUGGUGGGCUUUAUCUCGGAGAGAUUGUGAGGCUAGUCAUGAUUGACGCAAUACAUGAAAAUACUCUGUUCAACGGCCAAAUGCCUUUGGGUUUUGAGAAACAGUUUUCUCUGAGUUCUCCUCUUGCAGGUCUUUUUGAGGACGAUACAUCAGUCGGCAUAUGUCAAGCUAAGUUGGCUUUCUCGACCCAAUUCCCUCUGCCGGACGGCCAAUAUCCCUCUCUGUCAGAUUUGAAAUACAUUCGGCAAAUAGUCAGAGCGAUUUCACGCCGGGCAGGAGCCUAUAUCGCAGUGUCAAUACACGCCUUGCACAGGUUUGUGCAAUCCCUCGCAUCUGAUGCAGGCAGGUCUUUCCAGCCCCGAUCAAUAUCUGUCGGCAUAACCGGCUCUGUUAUCACGAAAUACCCGAACCUCGCGAAGGCUUGUCUUGCGUGCCUCGAGGAGAUAUUGAAGGCGACUGAAGCAUUCCCGGGAGUCUCUUUCGAGUUCAAUGAGUGUGAAUGCCCAACGAUUAUCGGAGCUGCGCUUGCUGCGUAUAUUAUUGAUCAGAAAUGA